AACAUUCACCAAGAAGAAAACAAUUGUAUUUGGCAUUGUAAGGGACCUGCGUAGCCUAUGACUGUAUUGAUUUAUAUGUUACGUCACAACCAAGCUGAGGCAUGAUAGGCUGAACAAAUAAUUCUCACAGUGGGUUUCACUUACACCUCCCUAUAUCAAUAAAAAGGAUAAAAAAAUCAGGACUCUCCAGAACGCGUGAUCAACUCUCAGAAGUAUGGUUUGUUAGGAUUAGAAAGUAUCAAAGGAACACAUGAGGAGAGAAUCCAUGCUUAAUGAAAUAUACUUAUAUCCCAGAAGCAGGGAAACAUGAUGCAAGAGCUGAGAAGACAUGAAAACUGCAAAUGGAUACCCAUAAAAUCUUCUCAUUGCAUACAUUACAAAAAGAAAAGAAGAUAAUGCAUUCCAUUCUUCUAUUCAUGUAUCAAGUUUCCGGACAGGUGGCAAAUUCUGAAACUGAAUUAUGCUUGGUUAAGAAACCAAUUUUUCUUAUGAAAAAUAUCUCAGCUCAAAGUCCACAACAAGGUCGAGACUCAGAAUGUUUUAACCACAAAAAUCAACAGUUAAAGCAGUGUUAGAUCACUAUCAGGGCAAAGUAGACCAGAUGAAUGAUUCCAUGAUCACAAUGGACUCCAACUACACUAAUUUAACAACCAGCGAGGAAGAUUUUCAAAGAAGAUCACUUGAAGCCAUUAUCAUCGGAUCCAUAUUCCUCCUAGCCAUUAUUCUUUGCUCAAUCUUGGGUAACAUCUCUGUCAUUGUAGCAGUAUGGACAUAUCCAAAGUUAUAUGAGCAAAAGGCAAGUAUCUUCAUAGUAAACCUCAGCAUAACAGACUUGUGCAACGCCAUAUUUGUUAUGAUAUGGACAUGCUGUGCUCUGAUCACAGACGGAUGGCCAUUUGGAAUCAUGUGGUGCCGAUUCCAAUGUGCCUUUAACUACUGGUUGAUCAUUGUGUCAAUGCAGACUUUGGCCUGGAUAAGUGUUGACCGCUAUCACUCCAUAGCUCAUCCUCUCCAAUAUGCAGACUAUCUGACAACGAAGAAAAUCAUGAUGAUGCUCAGUUUUAGUUGGAUUCUAGGACUCAUCUUUGCCUUUGUGCCCGUGUUUCUAGACUGGGUGCACUACGACUAUUGGGAGGUUGUUUGUGCUAUUAACUGGCACUACCAACAAGAUAUGGCUGUAUUUUAUGUUGUCAUAGCAUUUAUUGUGUGUUUUCUCGUACCCGCUGUAAUAAUGGUUGGAUGUUACAGCUGCAUAGCCUAUGCAGCCAACAAGUGUGCACGGAGAAUUGAAGCUUGUGUUGUGCCACGUUCUCAGUCGAUUGCCAGCGACUCCAACAGCACUGGCACCUCACAGACAACUAAGCUCAUUCAAAGCAAUACGAAGGUAAUCAAGAGUCUCAUAAUUGUUGUGGCUGUCUUUUUUGUAUGCAUGACCCCAUUUUGUGUAACAAAACUUUUGAAAGUUGUAUUCUAUAAUAAUAUUGUCCCUGGCUGGCUGAAUGCUUUUUCCACUUGGGUGCAGUUUCUGAGCAGUGCCUCCAAUCCUUUCAUAUAUGGUAUAUUUAGAAAGGAUUUCCGUAUGGCCUUUAGAAGGCAGAUUCGCUUUUUAAACUGUGGAUUGUUUAAUGUAGAACUUAGUUCUGAGUCCACAUAGCUGUACAUGCCCAUAGGGCCAUAUUGCAAUACAAAAAGCAGGUUUUAUUAGAAGUGUAAAGAGUCUUAUCAUUAGAGUUUUAUAAUAGUAAAGGCCUAAAAAACCAUUUUGUAUUCUUAUUUAGACUUUUGCUGUGCACUCUGAUUUCUAUUAUAUCCUAUUGAUUUCUAUAUAAUGGAAGACAGCAGAUGUAAAUUACAUGGAAAGUCAUAGUUAAAAGUAAAAUGAGUUAUGUUUGAUGUAAUGAAUGUGCAGUUAUUUCUUGUAAAUUUCUGAAGUCAGAAAACAAUUUUUUGUGAGUGUUUAUUGGUAAUAAGUUUAAGUAUAAGAAAAAGGGAAAAGAUGUUGGCUAUUUUUUUUUAAUAUUAACUCUUAUAAAAAAAUAGGGUAUUCAAGUCUUGUGAGUAAAAAAAACUUUGUCUUGUAGUCAUGGUAGUAAUUACUAUGUUUCUCUAUCAUUAUCACUGUUAUUGUUCACAUGAAUAUUCUUGUAAUUUAUUUAUUAAUCUAUUUAUCCAUUUGUUUUGCUGUAGUAUGUGGAUUCAGAGGUUGGCAAACUCACCAUACAACAAACUAAUUAUUUUGGGCUUGUGACUAUUUUUAAGCAAGUCUUUACAGUAUUAUUUCACAGUAUUAAUUGACAUACGUCUGGCAAAAACAAAAGCUGUGUUUACAUUAAAUGUCAACCAGAAACAGUCUUGCUGACAUCAGCAGGCAAACAGAAUUCCUAGGGUCCCAAAUCAUUUUCAGAAUUUCUAAACCCAUGUUGGACUAUCAGGUCAUCUGAUCAGUUGUAGAGCUUCAGGUUUAAAUUAAGUCAGUUGUGAACACGGCUAGAGUAUAUUUUUCACAUGGCGAUUAAGUAAGACCAGUGAAUAUUAGGUUAUAAAUACUUUGUCUAUCCAUAUUUACAUUAAUUUGUAAUAUAUAUCACACUAUAUAUUUAUAUACAUUUAAUGUAAAUAAAUGUCAUACUGUCCAUAAGAUAUCUGUAUGUCAUACAUACAAAAUGUUUUUAUCAAGACCUUUAAAUGUCAUUUGUAAUGCUGCCU